AUGGAUAGUUAUCUUUUGCCUGCUACCACAUAUGAAGCUCCCCCCCGGCUGGUCCGGAAGCACAUCCUUAAUACAAUAAUAGAAGAUGAGUUCAGCGGUAAUGAGGAAGAGAACUAUAGCGAAGGAGAGGCAGAGGUCAUGGGCCGCGGCAGAAACCAACAAUUAUCGCCUGCACCCUCGAGAGAGUCGACCUCGCCUGUACCAUCACUGACCUCCUCCAUCUCCUCAUACUACAGGACGAGUCGGAAUUCGGGAGACUUCGAUGAGUUGUACGACGUAUCCGAUGAUGAUUCUGACAUCGCUCCGUCCGUACAGACUUCGAUCAGCAUACACUCGUUAUCCUCGAAUGAAGCACCCUUGUCAAAGGCAAAGCAGAACCAAUACCCGUCCUUGGUGAUACCGUCACCAAGCUACUGGCCCACAAUACACAAGGAACACUCCGUUUCCCCACCACGACCACCAAAGAUACCCAUCUCACCUGCGGCGCUCUUCAUGUUAGGUCACGACCUGCCGACGCCAAGCAACCCCCCAUCGCUAAAUGGGAGCCUCGACUCAGAUCCGCUCGCCGGCACAAGCGCUCCGGUUACUCCUGAUGUGCAUAUACAUCCGAAGAGUGGGGAUAUAUGGGGACACGUGGAUGCUGUGUACAGACAAGGCGGUGAUAACAAACCGAAUCGGCCACAACUCAGGGUCCGAAUUGACGAUGGAUCUGGACAGUACCACGGGUCAGGUUUCAGUCCUGAGGACUGCAUCAGUGUUCAUGAUUUUGCCAUAGAUGUUGGGCGAGAUUACUCGGACAGUCCGGUGCCAACCCCAGAAGAGAAUUCGUCGGACGUCGGCGUCCAGCUACCACCAGCUGCUCUAGAUACCUUGCAGCAUCUGUCUCUCGAGGUACCAGAGUUCGCUUCGCCGACCGAAUCGGAGAAGGAGAUGGAAGAAGUCUUCCCAGCUCCCGUUCGCCCGUCAAGCGCGGACAUUACGCCAAUGUCCCAGACAUCGGACUACAGCAUAUCAGGGCUCAGCAUCCCAUCUCCUGGGGGGUUUUUUUCUUCUUUGGGGCACAAUGCAAGGCAUACAUGGUGUGUCAACGGGCCUUUGCCUGUCUCUGCAGUGCCACCGUCAUCGACAACGGCCGAGCAGUUCUACAGGUGCCCAUGGAACAGAGAACCCCCUGCAACGGUUGAACAAGUCGUGGAAGUGCACGACAGUGAUACCGAUGGACCACCUACCGCUCGCCAACUACCUCCACGCCUCGUUGAGGAGGUUCCAUCCCCAGAAAGCCGCAGCAGUGGUGAAGUACAUCGAAUCGCGAUCACUGCGCCCUCGAGCGAUCACGACGGCAAUUACGAGCAGGCGAUCCAAGAAAGUGCCGAGAAAAGCUUAGAUAGAACAAGUGUAUGGCUUGCUGCUCAGACGUCGUACAUGGCCUCGUUGAGAGAGACUUAUCCUGCCAGUGAAGUCGGUCUUGGCACAGAAAAGGCUCUUGUGAGAAGUAGUAGCCACGCUAGGAACGACUCAUUGGAAGCGCCCAUGAAGAAAGCAGUGAAAUUCCUGGAAAGCGAGAUCGCAAAGCGAGAAUAUCCGAUCGUCACGAGGCCUGGAGAAGGAGACUCGAUCUAUUACCAUGCUUUCCAGCACAUCAAGAGGCAGUCAAGCCGUGUCGACCCCUUUAGACAUCGUCAUACCAGGUCUGAUUCCCUCCAAGCCGCCCGAUUCAGCCUCCCCCAUGAGCACAUUGCUCAGCUCCAAGGCCAAUUCAAGAUUACAAAGGUCAAUCGCCCAGCUCCGCAGCGACCGAUAUCCAUGAUGCCCGGCAAAGAAGCAACAGCCGAUAACACUGCUGAAAAGGAAGUUUUCGCCCGAGUCGAAAGGGAGCGCCAAGCACUCGAGCAAGUGAGCGCAAGCAUCUGGGUCAUCGAAGCAGCUAAAUACCUCAGCGGAGGCCGCCUCCUCAACAGUCCUGCCGUCCAAUCCUUAACCAAAGCCCCGUCACUCAACGAUAUCAAAGGCUGUAAAAUUAGAGCAUUCUCACACGUCCUUGAUCUCGGCGGUCAACCAUCCUCUGACUGGGGUUGGCAUUGCUCCCGCGAAUACCCGAGCGCCAAGGUUUACACAGCAAGCACUACCGACACUCUUUUGUUCCCAACAAUCCGCGGUCCUCACAACCAUCGCCUGCACACGGUCCCUUCCCUUUAUACACUUCCUUACCCGAACAACCAUUUCUCCGCCAUAUCCGCCCGGACUCUCUUUUCCCACCUCAAACUUGACGUCCACCCAGGCUUCACCAUGGAUGAAUAUGACCUCUGUCUGCAAGAAUGUCUGCGCUGCCUCAAACCGGGCGGCUAUCUCGAAUACUUUCUCAUGGACUCUGAAGUCGUCAACGCCGGUUCCCGUGGCACCGCCAUGAGCGUAGAAUUCGGUUUCAAUUUGAAGACAAGAGGCUACGAUCCACUGCCAACCAAAUCCUUCCUCGGGCGGCUCCGUCGCGCCGGCUACGACGACAUCAAACGCGCCUGGACCUUUCUGCCUAUGAGUACACCCACCAAAGAGCGACACAUGCUACCCGAGACGCCGCCGCCCAACGUAUCGACUUUCGAAAACGGGCUCGAGAACGGGACGCGCAAAGUAGAAGCGGUGCAAGGGCCCGUGGGCAGCACGGCUGAUGCGGCUAGUAUGGCUGGCUUGGUCGGCAGUUGGGCAUGGGAGCAGUGGAUGAUUAAAUUGCAGACGGAGAUGGGAAAGGAGAAGUUGCUGGAGGGCGUUGCGGAGGUUCUGGAAGAGGGCAAAUGGACCGGGGCUGGGUGGAGGUGUUUGAGCGGCUGGGCGAGGAAGCCGAUCGAGUAA